AUGACAAGUGAUGGUGCUGUUACGUUUUGGAUAUUUUUACUUUGUUUGAUCGCCUCGCCGCACCUGGAGGAGGCCGAGGCCGGGAGGCCCGAUGAGCUGCACAUCGGCGGCAUCUUUCCGAUAGCCGGCAAGGGAGGAUGGCAGGGCGGGCAGGCGUGCAUGCCGGCCGCAAGACUGGCGUUGGAUGAUGUCAACAAGCAGACGAACCUGCUCCCGGGCUUCAAGCUCAUCCUGCACAGCAACGACAGCGAGUGCGAGCCUGGGCUGGGCGCCAGCGUAAUGUACAAUCUGCUGUACAAUAGACCGCAGAAACUCAUGCUGCUGGCAGGAUGCAGCACUGUGUGCACCACUGUGGCAGAGGCUGCCAAAAUGUGGAAUCUCAUUGUGCUUUGCUAUGGAGCCUCAAGUCCGGCUUUGUCGGAUCGCAAGCGGUUCCCUACCCUGUUCCGAACCCAUCCCUCGGCCACAGUGCAUAAUCCCACCCGCAUCAAGCUGAUGAAGAAAUUCGGCUGGUCCCGGGUGGCCAUCCUGCAACAGGCCGAGGAAGUCUUUAUAUCGACUGUAGAAGAUCUCGAGAAUCGAUGCAUGGAGGCUGGCGUUGAAAUCGUAACUAGACAAUCAUUUCUUUCCGAUCCAACAGACGCCGUACGCAAUUUGCGACGCCAGGAUGCACGCAUCAUUGUGGGACUCUUCUAUGUCGUGGCUGCCAGAAGGGUUCUCUGCGAGAUGUACAAACAGCAGCUAUAUGGACGAGCCCAUGUGUGGUUCUUCAUAGGAUGGUAUGAAGAUAAUUGGUAUGAGGCCAACCUAAAGGCUGAGGGCAUCACUUGCACUGUGGAGCAAAUGAGGAUAGCUGCCGAGGGACAUUUAACCACAGAAGCUCUCAUGUGGAAUCAGAACAAUCAGACAACAAUAUCCGGAAUGACUGCGGAGGAAUUUCGACAUCGACUGAAUCAGGCUUUAAUAGACGAGGGCUAUGACAUCGAUCAUGACCGCUAUCCCGAGGGCUAUCAGGAGGCACCGCUUGCCUAUGAUGCGGUUUGGAGUGUGGCUUUGGCUUUCAACAAGACCAUGGAGCGUUUAACAACUGGCAAGAAAUCCCUGAGGGACUUUACCUAUACGGACAAGGAAAUUGCCGAUGAAAUCUAUGCCGCAAUGAACUCUACCCAGUUUCUGGGUGUAUCGGGCGUGGUGGCGUUCAGUUCGCAGGGCGAUCGUAUUGCCCUCACUCAAAUCGAACAAAUGAUAAAUGGCAAAUACGAGAAGUUGGGCUACUAUGACACCCAGUUGGAUAACCUUUCCUGGCUAAAUACUGAACAGUGGAUAGGCGGCAAGGUUCCUCAAGAUCGCACAAUUGUCACACAUGUCCUGCGAACCGUAUCCUUGCCACUGUUUGUGUGCAUGUGCACCAUCUCAAGUUGCGGCAUUUUCGUUGCCUUUGCCCUGAUCAUCUUUAAUAUUUGGAAUAAGCAUAGAAGAGUAAUCCAGUCAUCGCAUCCCGUCUGCAACACAAUCAUGUUGUUCGGUGUCAUCAUCUGUCUAAUAUCUGUCAUACUAUUGGGUAUUGAUGGGCGCUUUGUCAGCCCAGAAGAAUAUCCCAAGAUAUGUCAAGCUCGAGCUUGGUUACUAUCCACCGGUUUUACAUUAGCAUAUGGUGCGAUGUUCAGCAAGGUCUGGCGUGUGCAUCGGUUUACAACAAAAGCAAAAACUGACCCAAAGAAAAAAGUGGAACCUUGGAAGCUAUACACCAUGGUUUCGGGCCUCUUAUCAAUAGAUUUAGUGAUAUUACUCUCAUGGCAGAUCUUUGAUCCGCUGCAGCGUUAUCUCGAAACAUUCCCACUCGAAGAUCCAGUAUCUACUACUGAUGAUAUUAAAAUACGUCCAGAGCUUGAGCAUUGUGAAAGUCAACGGAACUCAAUGUGGUUGGGUCUUGUCUAUGGCUUCAAGGGCCUGAUCCUGGUGUUUGGUCUCUUUUUGGCCUAUGAGACGCGCUCUAUUAAAGUAAAACAGAUAAACGAUUCACGUUAUGUGGGCAUGAGCAUCUAUAAUGUGGUAGUUCUCUGCCUGAUAACAGCUCCGGUGGGCAUGGUCAUUGCAUCGCAACAGGACGCGUCCUUCGCCUUUGUUGCUCUAGCUGUGAUAUUCUGUUGUUUCCUAAGCAUGCUGCUGAUAUUUGUGCCAAAGGUCAUUGAGGUCAUAAGACAUCCAAAGGAUAAGGCUGAAUCAAAAUACAAUCCUGACUCGGCCAUAUCGAAAGAGGAUGAAGAACGCUAUCAGAAACUGGUUACUGAAAACGAGGAAUUGCAACGAUUAAUAACACAGAAAGAGGAGAAGAUACGCGUCCUGCGACAGCGCCUCGUGGAGCGGGGUGACGCCAAGAGCACAGAACUGAAUGGCGCAACUGGUGCCGCCUCCUCCGCGACAUCUUCACAGCCCGCUGCCCUCAUCAACACAUCCGCACAUGGCACACCUGCUGCCACACUCGCAAUCACACAAGAUACUCAUGAGCAUCGUACAUGAAAAAACUUGUCAAUUUCCUUUGCGUGAUAGGUGAAUUAUAAUGAAAAAAAUGUGAAAUGCGAAUAAGGAUGCUAACGAAAAUAGAAGAUUUAAUAAUGAAACGUACUUAAUAAACUUUGUAUCAACUUUAAGCUGAGCUAAAAGUGAAUUAGUAGCAGCAAUUUUGUAGCAUAAUGAAAUAUGUAUUGUACCUUAAAUGUAUUUAGAAUUAAUAUUAAACACAAAAUACUUUUAACUUGAAAGAAAUCUGGCAUUAGCAACUAAACUAAAUAAAUUGUUAGGCUUAAAUGUUGAAAGGAUGAAACCCAAUCUUGUAGGAAGUCAAUAGAAUACCUAAAGAAAAAACCAUAAAGUUAAUCAUUUUUAAAUGCAAAAACGGGAAAAUAUAAUUGUGUGUUUCUUAGAAAAUACUGUAUUUUGUUUAGGCGAAUUUUAAGUUUGAACCUCUUUUGCUCAGUGCUGUCUCCUAGAGCUCUAUUUAUACUAUUUAUACGCAUAGAUAAAAGAAAAACACAGCAAGCACACACAGAAUACAAUUUUUCCAAGAUGGCGGCCUUUCCUGAUCCUUAAAUAUGUUUCACGAGUGUUUUUUAAAGCCAGGUCGCAGCAAUACAAACCAAACUCCUAGACUCCAGGAAUCAAGCCGCGUAUCUCGGUCCUUCUCAGUAAAGGGAUUCGGUUUGGUUCCUAAUAGCUAAGUUAGCUUUAGGCACUUUGUAUAGAUCCAUGUGUAAGUCCGUGUGACGUGUAAAUGUGCACUCGAAAAAAAGUUUUAAUAGUUUACAUUACUGCAAAUCGUACAUAGCACAAAUUGAAUGGGAGGUAUAGCAAAUCGUAGGUAUUGAAAGGAUAUGUAUACAUAUAGCAUAGACUAGUGUAGCAUAAAGCGUUAAUAUUAUACUGUGGGUGGGUCGCGGCUCAAGAAACGUUUUAAUUUUUAUGUACUGUUAUUUAUAGACGAAUUAUAAAUUAAAUGUAAUGAUACAUUUUUGAACGUACUGUAAGUUCUAAAAUCGCAUUUAUAAAGUAUAUAUAUUAUACACAGAAAAUGAGGAAUGGAAGAAACCGAACAUAAUUCAGCGCGUCGUUAUAUAGGAAUUGACUUUAUUUGAACUAAUGCAAAACUGAAACCUAUUGAGAAAGUUGAUGAAUCCUGUCACUUGCAUAUUCUCACUUUACUCACUCACCCUCAAAACGAAUUCGAUCUUUUAUAUCACAGUUCAUUUCAAUAUAAAAAAUAUAUAGAAAAAUAUGUUACAAAAAGAACACAAAAAGAACAAAAAUCCAUCUCAAAAAGUGCUAUAAAAAACAUACAUGGACAACAUCAAAUUCCUACGAAAUGAAAGACUUUAAAAUCUAAGCCUUUGAACAAAAGGAGAAGAAAGUAAACAAAUGAAAACUAUACACGCGAUAAACAAAUAUUGAAAUAUAUGUAUAUGAAAUUUACACAUGACAAAGAACAUCUCUAGUACAUUGAUAUUUGUUAAGGAUCGUUGGAAUUUGUAGUUUAAUUGGAUUGUAUUUCAUAUACAUACAUAUAGCAGCGCUGUUAGGGUAGACGUAUGUAUAACUCGAGAUCAUGUAUAUUGUAUAAAGAGCAUUUAGCUGCGGCUCCUCCAGGACACAACAUUCAACAUUCAACACAAAGGCAACAGACCGAUCGAAUAAAUGCAAAAGAAACACUUGUUUUUGAAAUCCGAAUUAACUACUUGCUUUGCCCUUGAAUCACAACCCAAAGAAGAACUUUUAGUAAAUUAAGACACACUUUAGCCAAGCUAAUUGUUGUAUAAAUACUAGUACAUAGAAAGAGCAAACGUAAAAUAAAUCCAAGUUUAUUUCAAAUAAAACCCGAAACAAAGAAGAACAACCCAAAUCUACUGUUAGUGACAAAUUAAAUGAGAACACAAAAAUGGUAGCAAUAUGCAGGAAAAACAAAAAAGGUCAAAGUAAAGAAAAACUCGAUAUGUUCUUAUGAAUGUAACAUUAACGAAUUAACUUAAAGUUUAAUAAAACUGAAUA